GGGGACAGCCUAGGGCCGGGCCGGGGCUUUUCGGCACUUUCCGGGUAAAUUUCCAGAGCGCAAAGUGCUUGGCUCUGGUUUCUGCCCCUUGGAUUUCCCUCCCGCGUGUGGGCGUCUAAAAGGAAACCAGAAGCGGGCUUAAGCACAUAAAACAUUCACUGUGAAGAAAAUAACAUUUUGAGACAUUUUUCUGUCACAAGUGGUAGAGGAAGAACCAGAAGUGCACUUGCCUAUGUGUGUACCUCAUUUUACAGCUUUUGAUAUGUCAGCUUAGUAAUGAAGCCACCAUUAUGUCCUCAGUCAGUGAAGUAAAUGUUGAUAUCAGAGAUUUCCUAAUGAGCAUUAAUUUGGAACAGUACCUCCCACGCUUCCGCGAGUUUGGUUUGAAUACUGUGAAAGACUGUGCAGCAGUGAAUGAUGGUGUGCUACACAAAAUUGGAAUAUCGCCUACGGGACACCGGAAGAGGAUACUGAAGCAGUUACAGAUAAUCUUGUCAAAAAUGCAAGAUAUCCCAAUAUAUGCAAAUAUCCAUAAAACAAAGAAGGACGAUGAGACUUCAGAGGAUCGCCACACUCCAUCUUCUGGUCAAAAUACCUCCACAGAACUUUCUGAUACAGGUGACGUGCAAGUAUCUGGCCUGACGCGUUGGGAGACUGUCACCAAAAAUCUUGAUCCAAAUGACAUUGCAAAUAGCCAGUCUCUUAAAUCAGAUGAUAAUCAGUCUCUUCUUAAACAGAACUUUCUUGUUCCAGAAGAAGAACCACACCUGAAUUUGAGUUCUUUCCAACAUACUCCAUUUGGUAAUGAGAAUAUUAAAACGGAAUCUUUGAUUACAGAGAAAACUACUGAUUGCUUGGUUGAAGAACAACAAACAAAAAGAUUUGAAGUGAUCUCGGAAAACGUGAGCAAGCUUCCUGAUGUAGAUCCUGAAUGCCUUUCUUCCCUUGGCUGUUCAAUAUCGGAGGCACAUUCUGGAAAUGGAACUAAUGGUUUAACAGAAAGAUCACCACCAUCCCCAUUCUUUCAAUUUCAGGGAGAAAUGGUUGUUAAUGAUUUGUAUGUUCCGUCAUCUCCAAUCCUAGCACCUAUGAGAAGCCGUAGCAAGUUGGUUUCAAGACCAUCUCGGUCUUUUCUGCUAAGACAUCGGCCUGUGCCAGAGAUUCCAGGGUCAACAAAAGGAAUUUCAGGGAGCUAUUUCCGUGAGAGAAGAAAUGUUGCUACCUCAACUGAUUCAAAUGAGGAAAAUUCAUCUUCCAUUUUUCCUUAUGGAGAGACCUUUCUCAUCCAGAGACUAGAAAACUUCAAGAAGAGGUCUAUAAAGAAUGAAUUUUGGACCCAUGAAGAAACACUCAAAGGGGAAACAACUACGGAAAGAAACUCUUUUGUCAUCAAAUCAAGCAUAUAUGAUAACAGGAAGGAGAAUAUAAGUGAAGACAAAGUGGAAGAUAUUUGGAUACCUCGAGAGGACAAAAAUAACCUUCCAGUAGACUCUGCUUCAGAAUCAGAAUAUUCAACAGUAGAAGAAUGCUUUCAGAGUUUAAGAAGAAAAAACUCAAAGGCAUCUAAGUCUAGGACUCAGAAAGCGUUGACUAUGGACCCCGUCAAUAGGCACAGUUAUCCAUUAAGCUCAACAAGUGGAAAUGCUGAGUCCUCGAUCGUUUCCUCAAAUGCAAUAUCUCCCUAUGCCUGUUUUUAUGGAUCCUCUGCAAGGAAGGUUAAAUCGGGAUGGCUAGACAAACUGUCUCCUCAAGGGAAACGCAUGUUUCAGAAGAGAUGGGUGAAAUUUGAUGGCCUUAGCAUCUCUUAUUAUAAUAACGAGAAGGAAAAGUAUUCAAAAGGAAUCAUUCCUCUUUCUGCUAUAUCUACGGUACGGGUUCAAGGAGACAACAAAUUUGAAGUUGUUACAACACAAAGAACUUUUGUUUUUAGAGUAGAAAAAGAAGAGGAGAGAAAUGACUGGAUCAGCAUCCUAUUAAAUGCACUGAAAUCACAAUCUCCUGCCUUGCAGUCUCAAGCAGCUGCUGCACCUGAAAAAUGUGGCUAUCUUGAACUGAGAGGGUAUAAAGCCAAAAUUUUUACUGUCUUAAGUGGAAGCAGCGUGUGGCUUUGCAAAAAUGAACAGGAUUUUAAAAGUGGACUUGGUAUUACCAUAAUUCCUAUGAACGUAGCAAAUGUAAAACAAGUGGACCGAACUGUAAAACAGUCUUUUGAAAUAAUCACUCCCUAUAGGAGUUUUAGCUUUACAGCCGAGUCUGAAAAAGAGAAGCAGGAGUGGAUUGAAGCUGUGCAGCAAUCGAUAGCAGAAACUCUCUCUGAUUAUGAAGUGGCUGAGAAGAUUUGGUUCAAUGAGUCCAACAGGAGCUGUGCCGAUUGUAAAGCCCCUGACCCUGACUGGGCAUCCAUCAAUCUCUGUGUCAUCUGUAAGAAGUGUGCAGGACAACAUAGAUCUUUAGGACCAAAAGAUUCCAAGGUUAGAAGCCUAAAAAUGGAUGCCAGCAUUUGGAGCAAUGAACUCAUUGAGCUCUUUAUCGUCAUUGGAAACAAAAGAGCAAAUGACUUUUGGGCUGGUAAUCUUCAAAAAGAUGAAGAAUUACACAUGGACUCACCUGUAGAAAAGAGAAAAACCUUUAUCACUCAGAAAUACAAAGAAGGAAGAUUCAGAAAAACCCUACUGGCAUCUUUCACCAAAGAAGAAUUAAACAAGGCUCUGUGUGCUGCUGUCGUGAAACCAGAUGUUCUGGAAACAAUGGCUUUGCUGUUCAGUGGGGCAGAUGUCAUGUGUACAACUGGAGAUCCUGUGCAUAGCACCCCCUACCUGCUGGCCAAGAAGGCUGGACAGAGUCUGCAGAUGGAAUUUCUCUACCAUAACAAAUUCUCCGAUUUCCCUCAACAUGACAUUCACUCUGAAGGUGGAUUAAGUCAAGAGUCCUCCCAGUCCACGUUCCUCUGUGACUUUUUGUAUCAGGCCCCUUCUGCUGCUUCUAAGCUCUCUUCAGAGAAAAAACUGCUCGAAGAGACAAAUAAAAAGUGGUGUGUUUUGGAAGGAGGCUUCUUGAGUUACUAUGAAAAUGAUAAGUCUACCGCACCUAAUGGCACCAUUAACAUCAAUGAAGUUAUCUGCCUGGCUGUACACAAAGAAGACUUCUAUUUAAAUACUGGGCCCAUCUUUACCUUUGAGAUCUAUUUACCCUCAGAACGUGCAUUUUUAUUUGGAGCUGAGACAUGUCAAGCUCAAAGAAAAUGGACAGAGGCAAUAGCCAAGCAUUUUGUUCCCUUUGUUGCUGAAAACUUAACAGAAGCCGACUAUGAUUUGAUUGGUCAACUCUACUACAAAGACUGCCAUGCCCUGGAUCAGUGGAGAAAAGGCUGGUUUUCUAUGGAAAAGUCUAGUUUGCGCUUUUGUCUUCAAAUGCAAGAAGUUCAGGAAGAUAGAAUGCACUUAAGAAGACUGCAGGAGCUGACAAUCAGCACAGUGGUUCAAAAUGGGGAAAAAAUGGAUGUCUUGCUCUUGGUAGAAAAAGGGAGAACAUUAUACAUCCAUGGGCAUAGCAAGUUGGAUUUCACAGUCUGGCAUACCGCAAUUGAGAAAGCAGCAGGUACAGAUGGCAAUGCUCUACAGGAUCAGCAGCUCAGCAAAAAUGACGUCCCCAUUAUUGUGAACAGCUGUAUAGCAUUUGUUACACAGUAUGGUUUAGGAUACAAAUAUAUCUAUCAAAAGAAUGGUGAUCCUUUGCACAUAAGUGAACUUCUGGAGAGUUUCAAAAAAGAUGCAAGAAGCUUUAAAUUGAGAGCGGGAAAGCAUCAGCUUGAAGAUGUGACAGGCGUGUUGAAAAAUUUUCUCUCUGACAUUGACGAUGCACUUCUUACUAAGGAGCUCUAUCCGUAUUGGAUCUCUGCUUUAGAUACUCAAGAUGACAAGGAAAGAAUUAAAAAGUAUGGAGCAUUUAUACGUUCUCUUCCAGGGGUCAACCGAGCAACGUUGGCAGCUGUAAUUGAACACCUUUACAGGGUUCAGAAAUGCUCAGAAAUCAAUCACAUGAAUGCGCAUAAUUUGGCCUUGGUCUUUUCAUCCUGUUUGUUUCAAACUAAGGGACAAACUAGUGAAGAAGUGAAUGUAAUCGAGGACUUAAUUAAUAAUUAUGUUGAGAUAUUUGAGGUUAAAGAAGACCAAGUCAAACAAAUGGACAUAGAAAAUAGCUUUAUUACCAAGUGGAAAGACACUCAAGUUUCCCAGGCUGGAGAUUUGUUAAUUGAAGUGUAUGUAGAAAGGAAGGAACCUGACUGCAGUAUUAUAAUUCGGAUAUCUCCUGUGAUGGAAGCAGAGGAAUUAACUAAUGAUAUAUUAGCAAUAAAAAAUAUAAUUCCUAUGAAAGGUGAUAUCUGGGCCACAUUUGAAGUCAUUGAAAACGAAGAGCUAGAACGUCCUCUUCACUACACAGAAAAUGUGUUGGAACAGGUGCUUCGGUGGAGUUCAUUAUCUGAACCUGGCUCUGCUUAUCUUGUGGUGAAGAGAUUCUUAACCAUUGAUACAAUUAAACACUAUAAUGAGAGAAGGGCCCUGGAAAGUAUCAAAGAAGGAAUGUUGAAAAUUAAAGAAGAACCAUCUAAAAUACUUUCUGGAAAUAAGUUUCAAGACCGGUAUUUUGUUUUACGAGAUGGGUAUCUCUUUCUCUACAAGGAUUCAAAGAGUAGUAAAUAUGACAAAAUGUUUUCUCUUGGGUCACUGAAGUUUUAUCUUGGAGUGAAAAAGAAAAUGAAGCCUCCAACAAGUUGGGGAUUGACAGCGUAUUCUGAAAAACAUCACUGGCACAUUUGUUGUGAUAGUCUACAAACUCAGAUGGAGUGGAUGGCCAAUGUCUUCAUUGCCCAGCAUGAAAAUGAUAUACGGCCACCAGCUGGAAAGGAACGAAAACGGUCUAUAACCAAAAAUCCCAAAAUUGGAGGUUUGCCUCUAAUUCCCAUCCAGCAUGAGAGAAGUGCAACCCAAGCGCGCGGAAAUAUUGAGAGUGCCAGAGCAGAACUGGAAAGGCUGAGGCUCAGUGAAAAGCGGGAUCAAGAGUUGGGGGAUAGCAGCUUGAAGGAGAGAGCCUCCAUGGUGGCCCACUGCCUGGAGCACAAGGAUGAGAAACUUCGAACUCGAACCAGAAAACAUCGGAGUUUCAACUGUCUGGAGGACACAGAGGCUGAGGUCUUUCCUGGGCAACAAAAAAGCCAUAAAGGCCUCAAGACAUUGAGGAAGACUGAGGACAGGAAUGGCAAAGCUGCUUUGGACUCUGAUAGUAAGUUACCGUCAAGGGUAAUUGAAGAACUUAGCGUGGUGCUGCAGCGGACCAGAACCCUUCCAAGAGACUUAGAGGACGAGCAGAUCUUGCAGAAAGAGAUAAAAUAGAUUUGCACAUUAUUUUUUUUAAAUAUUGUAUACUAUGUGUGUGCAAACCAGAAACUGAACAGUAAAAUUUAUGGUUUGUGAGAUUUGUCUAGCUAUACAUAAGCAUUUAAAUAGCAUUUUAAAAUAUCUAUGUACAUAUGUGAUAAGAAUAAGAUGAUGCUUUUUUAGGUCUGAACAAAGCUUGUAUAGUUCAACUGUAGACACCCUGGGUUACUUUGAGCCAGCGAAGCUUUUUACAGUAGUCUGUUGAAUGGUGUAAUUUAUGAGCAGAAAUCUCAAACUGUACUGUAUUGUAUAAAAUGCUUUGUUUAAAUGAAGCCUACGAAACUGUAUGUAACACAUUUUGCACUUUGAGAAACCCUGUAUAUUAAGUUACCGUAUAUGUGUAUGUUUUUAGGUUUACAUAGGGUCCACCUUAGGGAAAAGAAAGGGAAGAUGAAAAGGGGAAGGAUAUAUUUUAGUAGCUGCCUAUCAAACAUUGGAGUUUUAAAAAGAGGCAAAGAGUGAACCAAAAACCAAGGAGGUCACUUAAGUUCUGAUCCAUAGUGAACCAGAAUGAAUUUCAUUAAUGGGAAACUGUAAGAAAAAAGCCUGGUGACUGUUUCCCAAGAUAGUGUUCAGCCAACAACCAUGAAUAACGGCAGUGGCCACGCUUACCUACGGUGUUAGUGAACGACCACAGAGUACACUCACUACACUUCAGUUCUGCAGCAGGGGCUGCUGACAAGAAAUGUAUGCUGCAUUGAAGAGUCAUUGAAUGAUGGUACCUGGUAUGGAUGCCAUUUGCACUGUUGCUGUAUACAUUUUGUUUUAAUUCCUUGUUAUGGUUUUCAUACAAAGUCACUCUCACAGGGUUUUGUUAUUUGAUUUUUUUCAUCGUUGUUGUUUUACUGGGUAUUUCCUUUCUUAUUUUAAGUAAGGUGGUAAUAGGUUUCUCUGCAGUGUCAGAAUUAACUGGAAGUUUACAGUUUGUGGCCAUUUUAGGGUGAGGGAUAGCUUAUCCCACUCUAGGUGGCUACCAGUUCACAUUUGAACAUGUCUCUUUAUUUAAGGAAAAAAAAAAAAAAAAAAAAAAGUCUCCUCCCGGUACCUA